GGGAGCGUGCGGACGGGAUGAGGGCGGGGCGUCAGUCCAUACAGUAACCCACGACAACACACAACAAGCUAACACCCUUCCUGAACACGAAUAUUCAGUUCUGGGGCAUGUAGGUCCUGCUUAGCUCCAGUCACGAUCAAAUGAAACCAUUCAACCUGACAGAGUGAAGAUGAAGGACCAAAUGAAAAAGGGAUGGCUCUUCCUACUGAUGUCUGUCACAUUGACACUGGGCCUAUUCGGGAUUGCUCUAAACUACAAAACGGACAAACAAGUGUUGACUUCUUUGACUGAGAGAUCUUCUCAGUUGUGGCACCGGAUCCUGCCUCAGGAUUUACAUCUGUGUGCGUGCAAUCGAUGUGUUACAGAUGAUGAUGAUGAAUGGUUUACGAAGCGUUUCAACACGUCAAUCAAUCCGUUUUUGACACAAGACAACACUCUCUCAGAGCCGGUGUUCAACUGGUGGAAGAGAUUGCAGCUUGGCAAUACAAACUUUCUCAGAUACAGAUUGGCCGAGCUGAAGGUGUUUGAGAUUUUCCCAGAACAGGAGAGCUUCAUGGACUCCAGCCCUGAUCGCUGCAGGACCUGUGCUGUGGUUGGGAAUUCAGUUAAUUUGCUGGGGUCUCACUAUGGACCGUUCAUUGACUUUCAUGAUGUCGUCAUUAGAUUCAAUCGAGCUCCUACCAAUGGCUACGAGGAAAAAGUUGGGAACAAAACUACAAUUCGCGCCAUGUUUCCAGGGAGUGCUAUGGACCUGGAUAACGACACAAAUCUCUUGUUUUUUCCUUUCAAAACACUGCACCUGGAGUGGCUCACUACCGCCUUUACCACAACAUAUAUAUCAAACGAAACUGUGAAAACUACCAUCAGAGCAAAUAAGGAUUUGGUAAUGGUUUUGAAUCCUAAUUUCAUCAGCUAUGUCCACCACAAUUGGUUGGGAAGGAAAGGAAAGUAUCCAUCGUCAGGUUUCCUGGGUUUGAUGGUGGCUAUGCACAUUUGUGAUGAAGUCAAUGUCUUUGGAUUUGGAGCAGACAGAAAUGGAGACUGGAGACACUACUGGGAAAAACUUCCCAAACCUCAUAUAAGAACAGGAGUUCAUGGUGGAUCGACAGAGUAUAAAGUCAUUCAGCAUCUUAAACUCAGGCAAAAAAUAAAUUUCUUCAGUGGGUUUUAAAUUCUCUCUCU